AUGUCAUCUCCGGUUCCCACGACGCCCAAGGCGCCACGAAGCGCUCGACGAAACCAGAAGCGAACUCCUUCGUCGAAAAACGCUGCUGCCGAAACCACCUCGCAGCAGCCUGGUCCAGCAACAGCUCGAGAUGUGAGGGCUGUCAGUGAUUCAGCAAACAACGGCCCCGAAAGCGCCGCCAAAUCAAAGAAGGGACGCUCGGUAAAGAAAAAUAAAGAUAACGUCAAGAAUUCCCCCGCUCCCGCUCAGCAGGCGAGCCACGGCCAUCGUCAUACCUCAUCCCAGCCCUCUAUCAAGUCGCCAACCUUCCGGGAUAGCCCGCACUAUGCCGGACCAACCUUCCAUGCCUCCCCGGCGCCGUCCGCACUCCCAAUACCGUCGUUCUUUUCGAAAUCAGUGCCGGAAACCGACUAUCCUACCUCGGACGACCUCCAGGAUGACUCACCGGACUCGGAUCCAGGAAACACCACUCCAACAAAGGCCAACAAUACCUUACUGGCCCAGCAAGAGGCCGGUACGGCCUCACCCCUAGACUUUCUUUUCAAAGCUGCCAGACAGGCGAGGACUACGAACCCGUUAAGUGAACUUGAAGACUCUAGAGCUUCCACGCCGCCAUCCAGAAACGUGAUGCGUUCUCAGCAACAUGAAGGACAGGCCAACAGUGGACUGUUCCCCCUAGAAUUAGAGGGCUCUGAUGCACGAUCGUCCCCGAUCGGUCCGUCUUUCGCUACUUCUUAUAGAGAUCGGAUGAAUGCUCUCCGUGCUACCAGCCCAGGAAAACAGCCAGCCUCGACGCAAGAAAGCGAAGCUAAAAUCAAGAGCGAGGCACUUAAGAAUCUACUUCUCAAUCCAACCGCACAACGCGCUGCGUCGGCAUCUCCAAGACUCACCGACCAAUCGAACCCUGCUGGCAACAGUUUUAGAAUGUCAGGAGAGUACGGUAUCCGUUAUGCUUCAGGCCCCACUUCUCCAGUACCGUUUACCCAUAGCGGCAGGCCUCUAGGGACUCGCAAUGAACAUGGGCCUGAAAGCAAUAGCAGUGUUCCACAACAGUACCUAGCAUCCUUGUGCGCCCAACCUCAUCGUGCCCCGUCUUCCAGCCUCCGGACGGUGGUUUCUCCAACUAGCCCCGUCACUCCGCCCCGCCAGCGGUCUGCGAGAUAUACCCAGCUUUCCAGCGCUCCUCCUGCUCACCAAAGCUAUCAUGGAUCCCCCGGCGGGUUCGUAUCUCCCACCCCGAACCGCACGAUGCCUCCGCUGUCUGCCACACCGCCUGCUAGAAACGGUGCACCACCAAGAUUAGAUGCUACGGAAACCAAACGCAUGGAGGAUGACUUACGUCGUAUUUUGAAGCUUAACGUCGGCGAUGGCCGUAGCCCCAACAACAUGGAGCAGACCAUUGCCUAA